AUGGUUAAUUCACUAACUGGUACUACUAGUAUUAAAGACAUUCAUCAGAAAGCAAAAUUUCUAAGUGAAUUAGAGAAAAUUAAAGUUGGAGGUUUAGAAAGUUUACAACUUGUUAUUUACCAAAAAAAUUUUUCUUCUCAGGCUGAUUUAUUAGAGAAAAUUAAUUUCGCUAGUAGUUUAGUGGUUAAUGGUCAAUUAAGCCUUACCCCUGAGCGAGAACAAAUUUGUGAAUUAAGGGUUUCUGAAAUAGAAUUCAUUAACUCGAAUGCUGAGGAUUAUCCUCUACAAAAAAAGAGUAUUCCCUUAGAAGUAGUUAGGGAUUACCCUCAUUUAAGAGCCAAAACUAACUAUUUUUUAGUAAUCUUUCGUUUAAGGAAUUCAAUUAGUAAAGCCAUUCACGAAUUUUUUAAUCAAGAAGGAUUCUACUACAUUUCCACUCCAAUUAUCACUAGCAAUGAUGCAGAAGGGGCAGGAGAACUUUUUAACCUCACUACUAGCAAAAAGGACCUAUUUUUUUCUAAACCUGCUAAAUUAACUGUUAGUGGACAAUUACAGGCUGAAGCAUUAGUUCAAGGAUUAGAGUCAGAAAUGGUUUUCACUGAUUUAAAAGGAAUAAUUAGAUUAGCAGAAAAAAUGAUAAAAUAUGUGACGAAUUAUGUUCUAAACAACAAUAGUGCUGAAUUAAAAUAUUUAGAAAAUUAUGAUGAGAAAAACGAAAAAAAAAUAAUUGGCAAAUUAAAAAAACUUGCCGAUGAAAGUUUCAAAAAAAUUGACUACGGAGAAAGAAUGGACCUUCAGUCUGAGCACGAAAAAUUUCUUUGCCAGCAUUUCAAUAAUAGCCCGGUUUUUAUCACUAAUUACCCAACUAAUCUAAAGGCUUUUUACAUGAAAAACAAUCCAAACGGUAAAACAGUUUCUUGUUUUGAUUUAUUGCUUCCAGAAGUUGGCGAAUUAGUUGGUGGCAGCAUGCGAGAGGAUAAUUAUAGAAUCUUGCGCGAUAAAGCUCAAAAAAUAGGGCUAGAUAUUAAUAAUUUAAAUUGGUAUUUUGAUUUACGAAAAUAUGGUUAUGCUCCUAGUGGCGGGUUUGGUUUAGGCUUAGAAAGAUUAAUCAUGUUUAUUAGUGGCACUGAGAAUAUUCGAGACACAAUUGCUUUUCCUCGCUGUUCUUCUUAG